GAUCAAAAAAGAAAAGAAAUCUUCAAAGUUCUUAAAACCAAAACAAAAACAAAAAAUCUUGAGAACUUGAACAGGCAUAGCUGCAAGAGAACAAAGCUUCAGGAUAAUUAUUGAAAGAGAUGAUGACUUCUUCAAAGAGAAUGGCUUCAAGUGUGGAGCUAGACGCAUUAUCCAAUCUACCGGAUGUAAUUCUGAUUCUGAUCAUCUCUUGCUUGCCCUUUAAGGAAUGUUUAAGGACCAGUUCACUCGGUAAGAGGUGGAGGUAUCUCUAUCGUGAGACAGGAAACAUUACUUUCAGGGAAACCGAGUAUGUGGACCGCUCUGUCUCGGACGAAAGCUCCAAGAGGGUUUCGUUUGUUAACUAUAUGUGUCAAUGGAUCUCUCGGUAUCAAAGUCAUUGCAUCGAAACCUUCGAGCUUAAGUUCUCUGAUCCAGGGGAAUUUUUGGCAGAGAUGGAGUCUCUGAUCGAUUUCGCAGUCUCAAGACAAGUCAAGAACCUGGUUCUUGAUUUCACAGGCUUUAAUUGGUCAGUCUAUUCCUAUGUGAUGAGGUUUCACAAGAUUUUUGUGCAUUUGCCAGCAAGCGUUUACAAUCUAAAAACCCUCAAGUCACUGAAGAUAUAUGCGUGCGGUUUUGACCCCUCAAUGCUCACAAACUCGGGAUCACUUAGAAAGCUCGCUAUAGGUUGGAUUGAACUCUCAGCGGCUCAUGCUUUGUUAUUGACCUCUCUUACGCUCAAAAGUCUAACUUUUAGUCAUUGUUGGGGUGUUGAUAUGAUCAACUUAGCCGGAUAUUUCAAGGAAUUUGAAAUUGAGAACUGUGUAUUCUCUUAUCACAUGCCUUGUUCCUAUGAUCUGCCUAAUGUAGAGGUAUUAAAGUACUCAGGCCGAGUUCUUGCUUUUGAUGUCAAGAGAAUGAAUAAGGGCAUAGAAGAAGUGUAUUUAGAUUUUCAGAAAGAGCCCAAGUACGAAGAACCCAAUGAAAGCACCAAAUAUGAAGGAACUAUUCUUUCUGGCUUCCUUAACAGUCUUCGACGUGCGAGGACCUUAAGUGUAUGCCCUUUUCUCCUUCAGGCUAUCCAAGAAUGUGAUGAUCCGUCUUCUUUACUACGUCCUAUGGAAACACAACAUUUGGUGCUGAGAACGGAGUUGCAUGUCAUGGAGUUCAAGGGAAUCAAGCUCCUCCUCGAUAAUUGCCCUAACCUGGAAACGUUAACGGUGGAUAUCCUCGGUAGAAGACUUGGCACGUACGGUAGGUCAUAUUGUGGCGCCGGUCCACGUGCAUAUUGGAAAAAAAACCUUACCUAUAAGAAUUUUCCUAAGAAACUUAAGGUCGUGGUCGUGAAGGACUUCAGUGGUUACUCUCACGAGCUAAUUGUUCUGAAGGUUUUGAUUCAGUCGGGACGUGGGCGUUGGCCCGGACGUGCGGGUGGGCCUGUACUAGAGAGAGUGGAGCUUUACAUGUGUAGUGAUGUGAUGGAAUAUGGGUUGAUGCGGGCACGUGAUGGAGCCGAGAUGUUACAGAGUAUUUCAGGGGAUGUGCAGGUUCUUGUGCAUUAUCCUUGAAAGGCUGAGCUAUUCAAGACUUUUUAUUAUUAUUUAUUACUAUUAUUCAAGA